AUGACCCAGAAAGUUCGGCUUCAAAGCGUCUUUCUGAUGAAUGCACUGUUUUACCUUCCUGAUGUGGAGACAGUUGAACGGUUUGAAAUGAUUUCAAAAGCGUGUCAAAUUGCGAUUCUAUCGACUCAUAUCAACCCAUACAACUUGGCGUCGAACACUUCAUCAAAAAAGAUACAAACGAUCUUCCCAAAAAUUCAAACCCUUUUCAUUUCUGGACUGUUUGCCCAAUUGAAAUCGAGUGAAAACAAAAAAAUUGACAACAUAGAAAUUGCACGAUGGGAUGAGAAUGUCGGGAUGGCAAUAUUUAAAAAGCAAUGGUUUCUCGAAAAGAUUAAAAAACUGAGAAUAACGCCCGUGAUAGCAACAUCGUUGAAAAUUAACAUUUCUAAAUGUACUAACCUUGUCGAAAUCAUUUUAACCGAAGAUGUGCCACUCAUCAUGAUGUUGGCAUUUUUAGCGUUACCAUCGUUAAGAAAGGUCACAGCUUAUAUUCCAUCGGAAAAUGAAAUGAUGUCAUUCAUUUCAACAAUCUCAGAGAGCAACAAAAAGUGCGAGAAGAACAAUGAAAAGAGUGUCGUCCUCUUUUUAGUUGUGUCACAAAUAUGUGACGAUUCCAUUGUAGCUUCUAUUCUCGCCCAAAAGCCAUCGAACGUCACAAUCUAUUUUAAAGGCACAGAUAAGUACAGUUCUACAGAGAGUAACAUCUUCCAAACAACAGACAAUAAAGUGUUUAAGACUGAAGUUGCGCCAAGAGGGUCAUCCUUUUAUAAUGGUCUUCCGUUCGAUCAAGUCAAAAAUUUGGUGAAAUACGCGGCGAGUGCAAAACUACAAUAUUUGGAUGUCGAAAUCAGUUUAAGAGAAACGAAGAGAGGGAUCGACUUCACGAGCUUGGAACUCCUCAAAACGCUUGUGAUUGACAAAGCCAAAACUUCUUUACUCAUCCCAAAGUUCUUGGAGAAUUUGAGUAUCUAUAACUCAGAGUGUGAAAUUCUUUUUGGAACAGUUAAGCUCACGAAAUUAAUAACAAACCAUUGUGCGUGCAAAGGAACACUUGACGUUGGGAAACUGAACUACAUGAAAGUGUUGAACGACAAAAGUCACUUCAACUUUACAAGAAAUGGCAAAGCGUAUCAAAGGGAGUUGCCAAUAGAACUUGAUUUUAAAUGCUUGAAAAUACCAGAGAGGUGGUUCACAUCAAAGAAAGUGUUGUUACUACAAAAUGGCGAAAAAGUGUCAUAUCCAAACAGUGUUUUAAUAGAUAUAGAAAAUGGGGAAUAUACUUUUAAAAAGUUAGUUAAAGAUGAUGUCGUAGUAGACAUGUCGAAAUUCAAUUUCUUCACUUUCACGUUGAAAGAGACGGUGGGGAUCAAAAAAUUGUAUUUAGGCAAUAUAUACCAAACAUUAAUUAUUGGAGACAAAAACUCAUCUUGUAUUUUACAAUGUAAACACAUCCAUUUCAUUAACUCGUAUGGACCACUUAAAACACUUUUGUAUUCUUCAAGUGAUUUUGUUGUUGAAGGCGACGAUAAGAAGCUCAUCGCAAACGAAGUUUUGUGCUAUUAA